AUGCCAUCGUCCCGCCAAAGUCGAAUGGCCAUUGACUCUCUUCUCAACCCGUCGGGGUCGGAAGACACCGAUUCCCCUUCAUCGAACUUCCACUACGUGUCCAGUCCCCAGGCCUCGCCUCUCUAUCCUCCUAGUCCCAACCAUUACAUCUAUUCCUUUGCCGAUAGCCGCUCCUAUCGGGAUCUGCCCGGGUCUCAAGACCAGGGUUAUCUAUCCUACGCCCGGUCAGCGGAGUCCUCGCCCGGAGCGUACUCGCGAGACCGCUACGACUCGGUCUCCAGCACCUCCAGCAACGCCGCCGAGAGACGGCGCCCUCCUCGUCCCAAGUACGAGGAGGAGGAGAUGUACUUCAUCUGGUACCACCGGGUGGAUCUCUGCCAGGAGUGGAAGGAGGUGCGUGAAAGCUUCAACCGGCAAUUUCCCAACCGCCAACGACGCGGGUUCCAGGGCAUCCAGUGCAAGUUCUACCGGUUCAUCAGGGACAAGAAGUGUCCGACAUUGCGCGAGCAGCGGCGCAUGCGAGACGGCGAAUUCCUCCGCGAGGGCUCAGGACUCAGCGACUCGCGAGCUCCCAAGUACGGAGUCAUCGAAUGGGCGAAUAUUUGGUAUCCGUGGAUGCGCGAGAGCCAAGAGGUAGUGAACGGUCGACGUACGAGCCAUUAG